GCGCCGGGCCCGGCCGGCAGGAGAGGGGUCUCAGCGUGGUUUCCUCCGCUGCCGGGCCGCAGGCUCGGAUCACCGAGGCCGCACGUGACAAGGUCGCAGAGGGCCCCGGUCCCGCCUGUUCCUCAGCCAUCCCUGUCCCGGCUCCCUGGGAACCGGCCCGCUCUGCUUUCCUGCCUAUGGAAAAACAGGGCAGCCAUUUUCCUCUUGUAAAGAACUUGGGGAAACCACGACAGACAGUAGAGAUGGAAUCUAAUUUUUGGACUGGCCAUAAAAAUGAGGAUGAGGAAGAAUUCUUGCUUGCAAAUGUUGUGGCACUAAGGAGUCAGCUGAAGGAAACUGAGAAAAGUCUGCAAAAUCUAGGGGAAGAGCUUUCCAGUUCAAGUGAAGGUUCUCACUGCAUUUCCCAUUUCACUGAAAUUGUGGGACUGUCACUAGAAGAUCUUAUUCAACCUAAUUGCAGUGAAUAUCAAAAUUAUUCAGGUCAGAAGAGUGCUUGUAAAGUGUCCCACCAGGACAGGACUCCUCAAAGGAAAUCCAAAACCAAAUCUCAUUCCGUGUCUGCUGCUUUUAAUAAAAGCAUGGAAAAAGAAAAGGAACAUCUUAAAGAGAAGCUGAGUAUACUUCAUGAGCAAAAUUCAUCUCUUGUUUCUCAGAACUACUGCCUAAUGAAUAAAAUUGAAACUAUCAACUUGGAACUAGCUCAGUCAAAAACAAGAAUCUCUCUUCUUGAAUCAGCUUUAGGUACUCAUUCAGUCAAUAUUCCUUUGUUAGAAGAACAGAUUGUAAAUUUGGAAGCAGAAGUUACAGCUCAAGAUAAAGUUCUGAGAGAUGCAGAAAAUAAAUUAGAGUACAGCCAGAAGAUGGUGGUGGAAAAAGAGCAUAUAUUGCAGAGGUUUAAAGAGGAAUGUAAAAAGUUGAAAAUGGAUUUAAUUGAACAGAGCAAGCAAAGAAAGAGAGCAGAACAGCAAAGAAAUGAAGCUUUGUUUAAUGCUGAAGAACUGACUAAAGCUUUUAAAAAAUACAGAGAGAAAAUAACUGAAAAACUAGAAAAGGUUCAGGCUGAAGAAGAAGUUUUAGAGAGAAAUUUAAUUAAUUGUGAAAAAGAGAGAGAAAAAUUGCAUGAAAAAUGUGUUGCUUAUAGAAAUGAACUUGAAAGCACAGAAGAACAAUUAAGACUAAUAAAAGAAGAGAAUUGCAGCACAAGAGAGGAAAUUAAGUGCCUAGAAGAAAAAAACACUGAAAUUGUGUCAUUGCUGACACAGUCUAAACAGAAGAUCCUUAAGCUUGAGAGUGAACUUACUGACAAGGAAGUAAUACUAAAAGAGAAAAAAUCCCUAAUAAGUGAAAAUGUAGAGCUAAAAGCACUUACUGCACAGCAGACUGAUCGCCUGAAGUUAUGUCACCAAGAAAUUGAAGAUUCAAGAGAAGAGCUGGGCACUUUGGAAAGUAUUAUUUCCCAGUUGUCAUUGAGUGCAUCUGAAGAGUUUAAAUUGCAUCACUCGAAAUGUCAGCUGCUCAGUUCCUCCACAAAAGAAGCUAACAGCGCCUCUUGUUGUGAAUCAAAUAAAUUCCUGAUUGCAGACCUCAGAAUUAAACUGGCAAUGAAGGAAGCAGAAAUUCAAAAGCUCCAGGCAAAUCUAACUGUCAGCAAAGUAGUUCAGCAUCUUUCUGAUGAUCAGCAAAAAGAAAAUGGCAGAUUAUAUGGCCUAGAGACAGAACCUGUAAAACUGACUGGAAAUCAAUCAGAGGUGAGAAGAUGCCAACAGCUGGAGCUCAUCAGCAAACAAUUUGAAAAGGAGAAGCGAAGAUAUACUAGAGAGAUAGAAGAACUACAUGCUAAGCUGACAAAUGCAAAAGAACAGAAUUCUUCUUUAAAGACCAGCAUGUCCCAGAGAGCCAGUCAGUUUCAGAUCAUACAGGAAGAACUGCUAGAGAAGGCUGCGAAAACAAGUCGCUUAGAGAGAGAAAUAACAAAAAAAUCCUCUCAGCUUUCUGCACUUGAAAAGCAGCUGGAAGAAAAGACAGUUGCUUUUUCCACUGCUGCUGCCAGAAAUGCUGAACUGGAACAGGAACUUAUGGAAAAGAAUGAUCAGAUUCGUAACUUGGAAACAAGUAUCAAUAAAGAACAUGAGCACGUAACUAUUUCCUUUGAAAAAGCAAAGUUAAUUCAUCUUGAACAGCAUAAAGAAAUGGAGAAACAGAUUGAAAUACUUCAAACACAGCUGAAUAAGAAACAUGAGCAAUUUAAUGAGCAAGAGAAGACAAUGUCCAUUUUACAACAAGAUAUUCUGUGUAAACAACAACAUAUUGAAUCAUUGGAUCAGAUGCUGAUAGAAAGCAGAGAGGAAAUGGAAAAGCAAAAUGUCAAGAAAGAUGAGGCUUUGAAAACUUUGGAAAACCAAUUAACUGAGGAAAUGGUCAAAGGCAGCCAACUUGAAUCAGCUCUAGACAUCUGUAAAGAAGAACUUGCAGUAUAUUUGAGUCAGUUAGAUGAAAGUAAGGACUCAUUUGAAAAGCAGCUAAAGAAGAAGUCUGAAGAGGUGCAAAGGUUACAAAAAGAAAUAAAAUUAAAAAAUCAGAAUCUUCAGGACACAAGUGAACAAAAUGUCCUCCUACAACAAACUUUGCAUCGGCAGCAGCAAAUGUUACAAGAAGAAACCAUUAGAAACGGAGAGCUAGAGGACAGCCAACUUAAGCUUGAAAAACAGGUAUCUAAGCUAGAGCAAGAACUUCAAAAACAGAGAGAAAAUUUAGAAGAAGAGUUGAGAAAAGCAGAAGGGAAACUCAACAUAGCUUCUCAAGAAGCAGAUUUAAAAAGACAGAAAGUCACUGAACUUACUAGCACAAUCAGGCAGAUUAAACUAGAGAUGGAUCAAUGCAAAGAUGAACUUAUUGAUAUGGAGAAAGAACUAAUACAAUUAAGAAGAGAUGGUGAAACAAAAACAAUGCAGCUAAAUCAGUUAGGAAUUACUUUGGAGCAGUUGCAGUCAGAAGUACAUAAAAAAACAAACCAAGUGACUGAGUUAGAAGAUAAACUGCUUCAGAGUGAGGCUUGUCACAAGAAUGCCUUACAGAAAAUAGCAGAGCUGGAGACUGAGUUACAGAAUGCCCAUGGAGAGUUAAAAAUCACUUUGAGACAACUACAGGAGCUGAAAGAGAUUCUUCAAAAUGCACAGUUAUCACUGGAGGAGAAGUAUGCUGCUAUCAAGGAUCUGACAGCUGAGCUUAGGCAAUGCAAAGGUGAAAUUGCAGAUAAAAAGCAAGAACUUCUUGACAUGGACCAGGCACUGAAAGAAAGGAACUGGGAACUGAAACAAAGAGCAGCUCAGGUUACACAGUUAGAUAUGACUAUUCGUGAACACAGGGGAGAAAUGGAGCAGAAAAUAAUCAGAUUAGAAGGCAGUUUGGAGAAAUCUGAAUUAGAAAUUAAGGAGUGCAACAAACAGAUUGAGAGCUUAGAUGCCAAACUACAACAUUCUAGAGAUGAGCUUCGUGAAAAAGAGUUUGAACUGCUGCAGAGAGAUCAAGAACUAAAUCAACUGAAAAAAGAAAUUGAAAGAAAAGAACACAGACUCACAGGUAUUGAAAAGACAAUGAAAAACCAGGAGAAGUGCAUUGCAGAUCAGUACAAGGAAGCACUAGAUUUAGGUCAACAAUUAAGGUUAGAACGAGAACAGAUGCAGCACAUUCACUUGGAUCUGCUGGAGACUCGCAGGCUGCUGGUUCAAGCUCAAAGAGAAACAGACAGACUCUCACAUGAACUGGAAGAAGUGAACCAUCUUUCUCAAGAAAAGGAAGCUCGUGCAAACUGUUUGGCAGAAGAACUAGGUGCUGCCCAAGCACAUGAAGCCCAGUUAGAAGCAAGAACGCAAGCAGAAAUAAAAAGGCUUUCAGCAGAAAUAGACUCAUUAAAAGAGGCUUAUGAGCUGGAGAAGCUUGCUCAUCAAACAGACCAGGAAAAGUGGUAUGUAUCUAUAGACACCCAGAAAUCUGGCUCUCAGCAUCUAAGUGGGCAGUUACAGCAGCUGAAGCUGGAGUUAGAAGAGGCUCAAGACACUGUCAAUAAUCUGCAGCAGCAGCUUCAGGCCAGAGAUGAAGUAGUUCGUGCUGCAAAUGAAGCACUACUUGUGAAGGAAUCUCAAGUAACAAGAUUACAAACCAGAAUUGCUGGGCAUGAACGAACAGAAGGUAUCAAGCAGCUACCAAUCCCUCUCAUAUUAUCAACUCAUGCAUUGUUCAGUGAUCAAGAACAGGAUUCUUCCAGACACUCUCAUGCUUCAUAUUUUAAACAUAGAAAACUACGUCGAUCUAUAAGUGCUAGUGACUUAAGUGUUAAAGACAGCGAUUCGCUAGAUCUGUCAAAAAGCACAUUAGAGGAUUUCAAACAAAUACUGAUGUUACAGUCUUCAGUGAUUCAAGACAGUCAAAAGGACUUUUUUCAUACAACAAAUAGAUUGAAUGAAUCCUCAUUUGAUCCCCUGACAUAUGUUUUAGAUGAAGAUAUAGCUUCUGACUGUAAUGACUUCCAAACUCUUAGUGGAAUGCUAAAAUACAUCAACAAGGAAAUGAGGAAAUCUGAAAAUGCUUCUACACAUGUAUCACUUAAUGCAAACUCAAAGGAAAAUCAAGCACAUGCUUCUGUGGUAGGGAGGGACAAAGAUUAAGAAGAAAAGAUACCAUCGGUCUGAUGAGCAAUAAAGCCAUAAGUGGAAUUAUUUCCAGCACAACAUAGAAUUCAAAGAGAGAGUGUUAAUAUAGUCAUGUGUAUAUAUUUUAGUGUAUUUAUGUUGGCUGAAAAUUGCAACCUUUUUAUUUUUCUAAAUUUAUUAUUAUUGUUUUGAAAUUUGUAUAGUAAUUCUGUUUUGGAAAUAAACUUAUUUUUUAAGGUUUUAUUGAGUUCUGGGGAUAAAUAUAAAUUAUCCAGAUUUACUACAGCUUUCUAGUCAGUUCCCUUACUCUUUUUAUAUCUAAUUUCUACUUAAAAGUGCUAUUAGAUGUUUAAAAACUUUAUUUUCUUUAUACUGUAAAUGAAUUGUCAUUAAUAAGAAAAUUUUUUCCACUAAGGUGACAAAUACCAAGGGGUUCUCAACCCCUGGUCUGUGGGCCAGAUCCAGACACUGGGCCAUGUCAUCUGGCUCACAGGGCUCACCACAGGUCCAUGGGGAGCCCCGUGGCCAUGGCUCUGUGUGUACGAUCUGGUGCACAGGGCCCAAUCCUAGCACUCAGGAUGGAGCAGGGCCCCAAACUUCAAUCCUGGUACAUGGGCAUGGCGCAGGGUCUGAGCUGGCCUGCAGACUGGCCCCAUGCUAUUUGUCUGCUGGGUGGCCAAAACCUAGAGCACUGCUUUAGACUUAAUCAUACUAUUCAGUUAUGAUCAUAAACAUCACUAUGACAAAUCUUGCUACCACAAAUAGUUUCAUUUACAAUUUACUGUAGAAUAAGUGCUAAGGAGAAUUCUGCAGUAACUGGCCAUUUUUAUGGUCUAAUUCUGUGGUAAGGAGAAGGUGUGCCCUCAGUGAAAACAGGGUAACCCACUAUGGCUUAGCUUCCAUUAGUAAAUGGCAGGGUAAGAAUGUGUACAUUUGGGCUUUUACCAUGGCCUACUGACACAGUCAAGCCCUGGUUCUUUUUACUUCCACAAUAAGUUAUUUGCAUACUUCCAUACUCUCGGAACUUGGUCCUUCUCCAGCUGAAGCCCAUGAAAAAGCUUCCAUUUCAGUAAAAACAAGUAUGUAUCUCAUUUUUAUAAACUGUAAUAAAAUAAAUUGUUUUU